GGUCCCGGUCGAAGUGAGGUGGGCUGGCGGGCUGUCCCUCCGCCUGUGGAAGGUGGAAGUGUCUACGCGCCGUGGUUUUCUUUGCUCGGCUAACUGCAAAGGCACCUUAUCCGUACGCCUUAUUAGGACCUGGAAUGGAGAUAAGGUCCAGCUGCUCCUCAGAUUCGAACCCUUUGCAUCCUGCGUGGACUGGGGGCUUCAGCCUUGCAAGAGGUCACUCGGCAGUCUGCUGCUGUAACCUGGGGGUUAGAAAAAGACACAGCACCAGUUUGACAAUGACCAGCUCUUUUCAUCGCAAGGAAUAUGACAAUUUUAAGAAAUGUUUGUUUGCUACUGAUGGGUGUGAGCAAGUUAGAUAUUCUAUACCGGAGACUACUCCUUACAAAACUUUUUAUCAGAGGAUGGGGAAGGCCAGAGGAUCUCAAAAGACUCUUUGAAUUCAGGAAGAUUAUUGGAAAUCGAGAAAGAUGUCAGAAUCUGGUUUCAAGUGAUUAUCCAGUGUACAUCGAUAAGAUUGAAGAGCAAUCAGAUUGUAAGAUCCUAGAUGGACACUUUGUUUCCCCCAUGGCCCAUUAUGUGCCUGAUAUCAUGCCAAUUGAAUCUGUUAUUGCUAGGUUCCAAUUUAUUGUGCCUAAAGAGUGGAACAGCAAAUACAGACCUGUAUGCAUUCAUCUUGCUGGAACAGGAGAUCAUCAUUACUGGAGACGACGAACACUAAUGGCUCGUCCUAUGAUUAAAGAAGCCCGAAUGGCCUCUUCUUUAGAAAACCCUUAUUAUGGCUGCAGGAAACCCAAGGACCAAAUAAGGUCCAGCUUAAAAAAUGUGUCCGACCUUUUUGUGAUGGGAGGAGCUCUUGUUUUAGAAUCUGCAGCUCUCUUGCACUGGCUGGAGAGGGAGGGUUAUGGACCUCUAGGAAUGACCGGAAUAUCCAUGGGAGGACACAUGGCUUCCUUAGCAGUAUCCAACUGGCCUAAGCCCAUGCCAUUGAUUCCAUGUCUGUCUUGGUCCACAGCAUCUGGGGUCUUCACUACGGGCGUGCUAAGUAAAUCAAUUAAUUGGAGGGAACUAGAAAAGCAGUAUUAUACACAGACAGUUUAUGAAGAAGAAAUUAUUCACAUGCUUGAAUACUGUGGAACAGAUUCUUUCAAAAUGGGACAAGAGUUCGUGAAACGCUUCCCUAGCAGUGCAGACAAGCUAACUAACCUUAAUCUGGUUUCUAGAACUUUAAAUUUAGAUAUGACGGACCAAGCUGUGUCCCCAAAACCUGUUGAGUGCCAUAAAUCUAGUAGAACAUCUAUCAGUGCCACAUCAGAAGGACUCUUGUUACAAGAUACCUCGAAGAUGGACUGCUUCAAUCAAACACUUUCAACCAACAAAAGCAGUUACACAAGUUGUCGUCCUCAGUCAUGCCACCUACUCAGUAAAGAACAAAGAAGAAACAAUCUUCAGAAAGAAUCUUUAAUAUUUAUGAAAGGAGUUAUGGAUGAAUGUACUCAUGUAGCAAAUUUCUCAGUUCCAGUUGACCCAAGCCUCAUCAUAGUGGUUCAAGCCAAAGAAGAUGCCUAUAUUCCACGAACAGGAGUUCGAAGUCUACAAGAAAUUUGGCCUGGUUGUGAAAUCCGAUAUCUAGAAGGGGGUCAUAUUAGUGCUUAUCUUUUUAAACAAGGACUCUUCAGGCGAGCCAUCUAUGAUGCAUUUGAACGCUUCCUCCAUAAAUACGCUAACUAAUGGGAUCACUCUAUGUAGCCAGUGGAGCCAUCAUGUUUCUCACAAAAGGAGCUUCAUCGUUUGAUGAUGUGAAGAACAAGCAGACAGCACUAUAUACUCUACCUGCUGUCAAUUGAGCCUGGAAUUCAGUAUUACAAAUCAGUCAACUAUUAUCUUUAAAUACAUUUGAAUAAUUGCAAACCAACAUUUGGAUGAAAUAAUGUUGAAUAUUUUGUUAGUUUGUGGGAGUCCCAUAAAAAUCAAUAUCUAGUCUGUUAUUUAUGAAAAAUUUACAUUUUUAUUAUGAAUAAUUUAUUAAUUUAAAAUAAAGGUAUUCAUAGAAACCCUUUUGGUUUUUAAAGAACUGCUAAAUCAAACUUCGUUUGUAAUAUGUCAGCCUGUGUUGUAUAUAUUCCCUUACAUGGUAUUUCUGUUAUUGACUUGGUUUGAGAAACAUGUUUCGUCUAUGGAUCCAUAGUGAAUUUAUAAUCCUAUUUUCAAUAUUAAUUUUCUACCAUGGAUAACUCUGUGUAAAAUCAGUGUUAAUGUUAACUUUGAAUUCUAAGAAAUCCUGAUUGCUUUGUAUUUAAGUGCUUUUAAUAAUUGAAUGUGAGAAUGAAGAUAAGAUGCAUAAGACUUUAAAACUUUGCCAAAUAUUAGGUUAGGAAAAAAAAUGCCAAACAUAUUUCCCCUACUUGAAAAGUAUCAAUUCAUGGAAAAUGAAAAUGAACACAGACCUAUUGCAUUAAUUGAUAAUAAUUUCUUAAUAUUUUCUUGUAUACAUACUCAGAGUUUGCUAAACAUCUAACUGUAAGCCAGAUACUUAAACAGCUUUGACUUUUUAAUUUCAGAAAUUAAUGGCCACUUAUAAAACUUAUUUGUCCAUAUAAGCUUCAUUUUAUAGAAAAGAUAUAACAACUAGUAACUUUUUAACCUUUUUAAAAAGAAGUAUUAUAUGGUUACACUUGGUGCUUUCUUUUUAUGUUAAACUUCUGAAGCCAAGAGCUAAAAUGUUUUUUAAAAGCAGAAAAUAUUUUGGAUUUGGAAUAAAUGUAUUUGAGUUGCAUUUGUUUGAAGUGUGUGUUGUCUGUGGGUUACUUGAUUAUAAGUAGUCCUACUCUCGUAAGGAUAUUUGAAUUAUAAGGUGCUUUUGCAGCCUUUUAAAAGGAGAUUUUAUUUGUCCUUAUAAUGCCUCCAUCACCUUAAUCUCUAAAAACUAUUUUUAAAUGAUUAAUGUGAAGUAACCAGUGGCAUACAAUGUUGUAGAUUCUGUAAAACUGCUUUGACAUAAUGAACAAACAUGGUUUGAGCUGUAAAAUUUUACAUGUUUAGAUUAGAAACUUUUCACUGACAGUAUGAAAUUACUAAAGUUCUUCAACAAAAUACUCUUUAAAGAUAAACUUGUUAACUGAAAUACAAGUAUUUUCUUAUGUAUUUAGUGAGGUGAUUGAAUGCUUUCUAAGCAAUGGCUUGAGCAAACCCAGUACGUUAUUUUUCACAUAAAUAUUUCCUAUCAGCAAUAAUGUACAUAAUAAUAUAUGUAACUUUCUAUUUGUAAAAGAAUAAAAUUCAUUUCAUUUUAAUAAACUCUUAGGCAUAACUAAUUUCUCCCAAAUAAAUGUGAAAAAAGGUAUUUUAAAAAAUUUCUUCUCUUAGUCAGAUGUUUUAAGAAUAUAUCCACACAACUACCUAAAGAAAUGUUGUCUCAUUUUUAAGAUUGGGUACCUAACUUGCUAGAAAUUCAUUUAGCCCACAGCUGCAAACUGACAGUCAAUUCAGGCCAGCUUGGCCCACAGUUGUUUGAUUCAGUGUGCAUAAAAAGUUUUGAAUUCAGAAAGUCUUUAUAUUGGGUAUGCAGUCCCCCGUUUGCCAUAGUCCACCAGAUUCCAGGCUCUUAAAUGAGACUACUUCACUACUUUGUGUUUCCCACUUGGCCCUGAAGACAUCUGAGCUUGAGACCUCGGUUUAGAUCUGUGGUUUAAAAAAGUUUCUGAAUUUCAUGAUUUGAUAAAACUGUAAGUACUGUUGAGUCAUUUUAGUAUAUGCAUUUUUAGAUUGUGUCUUAUGAAUGUAAAUUUUAAUGUGGUGCUUUCUUUUGUAAAGAUCAUUGAAUUAUUAACUCUGUAACUGAAAUUUUAAAAUCGUCUCCAAAUAUUUUAUAUUCACAAUAAAAGUCUAUUUAAA